UGGCGACGUUGAUGCUCACAUCCUGAAUCCUGGAGCGCGCCCGAGCUGCCUGUGCGAACCAGAACGUGCGCCGUGCGUGCACAGAUACGUCAAACUCUUAACGUUGCCUUGAUUGUUAAAUAUAUAUAUUUAUUUAUAUAUAUACAUAUAUAGAGAGAGAGACUUUCAGCAUGGCUGUGGCUGAGGCACUGAUGCCCGCCUUGACGUCGUUUCCCAAUUUCAAAGCGAUGGAUAACCUGUGCAACAUGGAUGAGUGGGUGAGGAGCGGCGCGACAGGUGGCACGGGCAGCGCGCGCAUCGAGGUCGACCUGAGCAUCGUCCACUCUCCGUCUGCAGCCCACAAAGACGACGACGAGCUCGGGAAGUUUCUGGACCUCGAGUUCAUCCUGUCGAACACCAUCUGCGCCGACUCUACUGCAGGGAACAGCGACAGGGGGAGCGCGUCUCCCACGCAGCAGCAGUGCGGGUACUCUUUGCCGGAGUCGCCGGAAAGCUGCGGCGGCGGUUCCCUGCCAGACUGCACCGACCACCCGCCUUCUCACCUGGCUCGUGGCUACCCGGGCGUCGUCGGCGGCUUCGCGGAGUCGAGCCCUGUCCGCAGCCUGAUGGCGGAACUUCUUACGCCCGACAUGAGUUAUCCAGAGGAAGGCGCUCCGGAGAGCGCGAGGAAGGCGAGGGACAGCUGCGAGUACACCGAGCUGCGGGCUUUGAGCGGCCCUGCGCUCCCCCACGCGGCGUCACCUCCGUCCCCGCUUGGAUACAAAAUAAAAACCGAGCCCGGGGUGCAGUCGUGCAUGAUAGCUGCUGCCGGAGCCUUCGCGGAAGGAGCGUAUGAAAAGCACCAGAUGCGCACCGCCGCGGCUUUUACGCACCACCAGCCUCCCGGUGCGGCGCCGGGCUUCGGCGCGCACCAGAUCCAACUUCAGGGACGCACAGACAGCACGCUGCAGUCGCAAAUGAGGCCCCACCACCACCACCAUCUUCAUCAUCACGAUCAUGAUCAAAACCAGCUGUCAGGCCAGUACGUGAACGCGCCGUACCACCCGCAUUACGCACACCGAGGUGCGCCACAGUUCCAGGGACAGUACAGCAUGCAUCCCCAGCAGCACCAUCCCGCCGCCUCGCUGCAGGGGAUGAUGCUCACUCCGCCCUCGUCGCCUCUGCUGGACUUUUACGCGCACGACGAGGUCGGCUGCGUGAAGCAGAAGCGAGGGCGAAAGUCUUGGACCAGGAAACGCGCCGCCACGCACAACUGCGAGUUCCCCGGCUGCGGGAAGACCUACACCAAGAGCUCCCAUCUCAAGGCGCACAUGAGGACGCACACAGGUGAGAAGCCUUACCACUGCAACUGGGAAGGCUGCGGCUGGAAGUUCGCCCGAUCCGACGAGCUGACUCGGCACUUCCGGAAGCACACCGGGCACAGGCCGUUUCAGUGUCACCUGUGCGAGCGUGCGUUCUCUCGCUCGGACCACCUGGCUCUCCACAUGAAAAGGCACAUGUAGGUCACUCCCAGCUUGCAGACUCUCUUUCUGGACCCCUCCAUCACCCCCGGUCUCCCCCUCCGGGGCAUCACUGUCAGCAUCUCCAGAGACGCAGCACAACAGGUGGACAACUUCUAACCGGACUGCUGUGUAUGAAGGAAAUGAAGCAUUCACACACAGGAGCGUGCCCAAUGCAGUCACUAUGUGCUUUAUGAGAAGAUACAACGUGGGAAAUGGUGGAGAUUUUAUAUUUUUUAUGUUUUGUUUUUUUUUUACUUUCUUUUUUACUUUCUACAAGUGCCUCAUUUCUACCAUAUCAAGUGCCUCUGGUGGUUUAUGUAUAUUUUUGUAAAAGAAAAACCCUAAAUAAAAUAUGACAAACACUGGCUAAGUUAUAGUAGUUUAGUAUUUAACUAAUUUCUUCCAUCUGCCUUUGUUGUAAGUUAUUGAUAAGUUGGUGAGUGCCUUAGCCAGACUGCUUUAUUCGCUCACUGUGGGCCGGACCCAGGAUUGUAUAGAAGUGUACAUAUACUUCUAUAUGUUAUUUCUCUCAUUUUUACGUUGUUUUUUUUUUUCUAAGAAUAAGGUAAAAAUCAGGUCAAAGUUGCCAUAUUUUUCCUGAACACAGCAGAUGUCGUGGCCUUGCUUUGCAUUGAGGGAUCAGCCUGCGUUUCACUUUCAGUCUUAUUAUUAUUAUUAUUAUUUUGCUCAUCCAAGCAAAAUGAGCAAAUUCAGGUACUGUACUGUUUUUUUACAGCGCUAACAGACAUGGCUUCCUUCAGCUCUCCCACACAUGGCUCAUUUGGCGGGACAACGGUCAGGAACAAAUGAGUGAAUGAAUGAAUGAAUGAGGAGCGAAUGAAUGAAUGUUGAGCGAGUGCGUCUAAGAAUGAAGUAUCCACUGUAACCACUGGUUAAACGGCUUUUACUUGAAACUAAGAUGUAAGCUUGCAUAUGUACUGCUGAUGGAAUGCAAAUGUUUUUCUAUGUGCUCAAGGGCUCGUAAUAAAAAAAAGUACUUUUACAAUAAA